AUGCAUGGAGAGUUGAAAGAAGGAAUUAAGAGAACUGUUGGCCAGAUUUGGUCAUUUUACAGUGGUAACGAUGAAUUGCCUCUGUACUAUGGUAGGAUUCAGAAGAUCACUUAUACUCAGGCACUUGAGCAGGAUCCUGUAAUUAAACUACACGUAGGUAGGCUAAAGGCUACUAGGUGCCCUAAGGAUGUUAUCGAAUGGGUGGACAAGCAAAUGCCUGUUGGUUGUGGAACAUUCUACGCAAGGAAAGUACUCGAAAUAAUCAGCCCAAGUGAGGUUUCACAUCAGAUAAUUCCUCGAACCUCCAUGGAUGGCACUGAGUAUACCAUUCUCCCCAAGAUUGGUGAAGUUUGGGUGAUAUACAGAUACUGGAGUAGUCACACUGAUGUUGAAGACUUGGAAUUUGGUCUUUAUGACAUGGUUGAAAUUCUUGAUGACGCUUUGGAUUAUAAGGUCCAACUGCUGAAGUAUGAAUCCGUUCAUGAUGUUGAUGAUUUUGAAUUAUACUUAUAA